AUGGAUAAUCUAUUGACUCCCUUCGAUAUUCCAUCGAAAAACGCUUCGGACGAAUCGUUGGAAAAGUGGAGAAAGGCGGUAACCGUCGUCCUCAACCGACGACGAAGGUUUCGUAUGGUUGCUAAUCUCGUCAAGCGCUGUGAAGCCCAAAACAAGAUUCGCAAAGCCCAGAUUGAGGCACCAAUUCACAGAAUUUGUAGAGUCUACACAUUAGGUUUGUUAAAGGCGUGUUUGGGCCCGCGACUUGGUGCAACAAGUCCCAACUAUAGUGCCUUGCCAAAAUCAGAACCUACUAGCUAUGGAAUAAUCUAUCAAUGGUCAUUGUACUGCCUUGGGCAAGCUAUCAUAUUGGUGUACCGUGCAACUAAUGCUAAAGAUGAUCUACGGCGUGCCUUUUUUGCUUAUAGGGUAGCAUUCAGGUUUCUUGACGGUUUUGAACAAAGCAAACUAGUGCAAGAGGCUAAAGAAACAAGGACCGAAGAUGAGCUUUUGGAAGAGAUUAAAAAGGGGGGCUUUGAAGAUGAGCUUUCGGAAGAAGCGAGAGAAGCAGGCUUUAGAAUUAAUGCAGACAAACUUGCAUCUAUUGUUCGUAACCAUGAAAUCAAGAUCUUGAGAUUACUCAGCGGAGUCGAAGGAAUCUCUAGUAGAGUAAAAGUCUCAUUGAAAGAAGGAAUCAAAACAAGUGAUGUGCCUAUCAGGCAGAAGAUCUAUGGCUGCAACAGAUAUACUGAGAAACCUGCUAGAAGUUUUUGGAUGUUUGUGUGGGAUACUUUACACGAUUUAACACUUGUUAUCCUUAUGGUUUGUGCUGUGGUUUCAAUAGGUGUUGGACUUGCCACUGAAGGAUGGCCAAAGGGUCUAUAUGAUGGAUUGGGAAUCGUACUGAGCAUAUUCUUGGUAGUCAUCGUUACUUCAAUCAGUGACUACAAGCAAUCUUUGCAGUUCAGGGACUUGGAUAAGGAGAAGAAAAAGAUAUUUAUUCAGGUCAUUAGAGAUAAACUUAGGCAGAAGGUUUCCAUAUAUGACUUGGUUGUUGGAGAUGUCGUUCAUUUAUCCAUAGGGGACAUAGUUCCAGCUGAUGGGAUAUUUAUAUCAGGAUACAGCUUGUUGCUUGACGAGUCAAGCUUGUCAGGCGAGAGUGAGCCUGUAAAUAUAUAUGAAAAAAACCCAUUUCUUCUUGCAGGAACCAAAGUGCAAGAUGGGUCUGGUAAGAUGCUGGUAACUACUGUUGGCAUGCGAACUGAAUGGGGUAAGUUGAUGGAGACUCUAAAUGAGGGUGGAGAAGAUGAAACCCCACUGCAGGUGAAGCUGAAUGGCGUUGCUACGACUAUUGGUAAGAUUGGAAUGCUUUUUUCUGUGAUCACAUUUGUGGUGCUGACAGUACGAUUCCUGGUAGAUAAAGCACUUCACCAUGAGUUCGCUGAUUGGUCUUUCAGUGAUGCCCUGACGCUUUUGAACUACUUUGCUACUGCGGUAACUAUACUAGUUGUUGCAGUUCCAGAAGGACUACCACUGGCAGUGACACUGAGCCUUGCCUUCGCAAUGCAAAAAUUGAUGAAUGAGAAGGCACUCGUAAGGCAUCUUUCUGCAUGUGAGACAAUGGGUUCUGCUACUUGCAUUUGCACGGAUAAGACAGGGACGCUAACAACAAACCAUAUGGUGGUUGAUAAGAUAUGGAUAUGUGGUAAGUCCAAAAAGAUAAAAGGUAGUGAAGGUGGAGGUAUGUUGAAUUCAGAAAUAUCAGAAAAGGUUUUAAACAUCCUUUUGCAGGCUAUAUUUCAAAAUACAACUUCUGAGGUGGUCAAGGAUAAAGAUGGAAAGAAAUCCAUUUUGGGUACACCCACUGAGUCAGCAUUACUAGAAUAUGGGUUGCUUCUGGGUGGUGAUUUUGAUGCUCAUCGCCAGGAGUGUAAGAUCCUGAAGGUUGAACCUUUCAAUUCCAACAGGAAAAAAAUGUCUGUUCUAGCCUCUCUUCCGGAAGGUGGGUUCCGAGCCUUUUGCAAAGGUGCAUCAGAGAUAAUUUUAAGAAUGUGUGACAAGGUUGUUGAUAUAAAUGGGGAACCUGUUCAUAUGUCAGAGGAGCAAAUAAGAAAUAUCACUGAUGUCAUCAAUGGUUUUGCCUGCGAAGCUUUGAGGACCCUCUGCUUGGCUUUUAAGGAUAUCGAUGACAGUAUCAACGAUAACAACAUCCCUGAUAGCGGCUACACUUUGGUAGCAGUUGUUGGAAUUAAGGAUCCAGUUCGUUCAGGGGUAAAGGAUGCAGUUCGAAUGUGCUUAGCAGCUGGAAUUACCGUGCGUAUGGUCACUGGUGACAAUAUUAACACAGCUAAAGCCAUUGCUAAAGAAUGUGGUAUACUCACUGAAGAUGGUUUGGCCAUAGAAGGACCAGAAUUUCGCAGCAAAACUCUCGAGGAAAUGAAGGAAAUAAUUCCUAGAAUUAAGGUAAUAGCUCGGUCUUCACCUAUGGACAAGCACACACUGGUAACUCACUUGAAGAACAGGUUUAAAGAAGUUGUUGCAGUUACUGGUGAUGGGACCAAUGAUGCUCCUGCCUUGCGUGAAGCAGACAUUGGUCUUUCUAUGGGUAUAGCAGGAACAGAGGUUGCUAAAGAAAAUGCUGAUGUCAUCAUAUUGGAUGACAAUUUUAGUACCAUUGUGAAUGUAGCUAAAUGGGGACGUUCAGUAUAUAUCAACAUUCAAAAGUUUGUGCAGUUCCAGUUAACUGUCAACAUUGUCGCUCUCAUGAUCAAUUUUGUUUCUGCAUGCAUCUCAGGAUCUGGACCCCUAACGGUUGUGCAGUUGCUAUGGGUCAACCUGAUCAUGGACACUCUUGGUGCAUUGGCACUGGCUACGGAACCGCCACAUGAUGGACUGAUGAAUAGGCCUCCUGUUAGGAGGAAUGAGAGUUUUAUUACCAAUGCCAUGUGGAGAAAUAUCAUUGGGCAAAGUAUUUAUCAACUGGCUAUCCUUUUAGUUCUCAACUAUGAUGGGAAGCAACUUUUGAGACUUGAAGGACCAGAGGCUACAGACAUUCUCAAGACAUUCGUAUUCAACACCUUUGUGUUUUGUCAGGUGUUCAAUGAAAUAAACAGCCGUGACAUUGAGAAGAUAAACAUUCUCCGUGGCAUGUUCAAUGGCUGGAUAUUCGUAGGCGUCAUGGUUUGCACAGUGGUAUUCCAAGUGAUUAUAGUCGAGUUCCUGGGCACUUUUGCAAACACUGUACCUUUAGGCUGGGAACUGUGGUUACUCAGCAUUUUGAUUGGAGCAGUGAGCAUGCCCAUUGCAGUUGUUUUGAAGUGCAUCCCUGUGAAAAGAAACACUGCCAAGCACCACGAUGGUUAUGAUAUGCUCCCGAGUGGCCCUGAACUUGCUUGAGUAAUAGAAAGCGGCCACAUACAAAAGCAGCAUCAAGUCCAAAUCCCUUGAAAGUGACUUGCUGAAUGUGUGAAUGGCAACUUUGAAGUCAUCAUAGAAGCUCUUCAAAAAAGGAAAAGAAAAAGAAAGAAAUAAAGGAGCAGGCAGAAGACAAGCAGCCAUUGCAAUAUAUAACCUUCUAACCUCUACCAUGACCACCUAAUUGCUAGAAAAUAGACUUUAAUUGUGUUUUGAACGUGAUAUCGAAGCCACUCUUCACAUUUUCUGUUGUUUCUCAGAGAUGAAAUAGGCCGUCGUGGAUCAUUGUUAGUUUUUCAGUGGUGGGAAGUUCCUUGUAGCCCCGUAUUUUGAACUCAGUUUUCAAAUUCAGGUCAUUGGGUUGUUUAAAAAAACAUUCUGAUUAGGAAGUGUCUGUAUCUGUGGCCUUGUUCUGACUUGGAUAUGGAGUGGUUACAUGUUUUG